AUGUCGAAGACCGCUUCUUACCUCACCCAGACUCUGACUCUCAACACGGGCGCCAGCAUCCCUAUCGUCGGUCUCGGAGUGUUCGCAAGCCGCGAUCCCUCAGUGCAGGCGCAGGCUACGCCGUGGGUCCUCACUGCGCUCCAAGCGGGCUAUCGGCAUAUCGACACAGCAUGGAUCUAUGGCACCGAGAAGCCUGUCGGUGACGCCAUCAAGGCAUCCGGGAUCCCGCGCGAGCAGCUCUUUAUCACCACUAAGCUUCCGUGGAAUCACACGCAGCGCGUGCAGUGGUCUAUUGAUCAGAGCUUGAAGAACGCCGGGCUGGACUAUUUCGAUUUGUAUUUGAUGCACUGGCCACAUAGCGUGCACUUUGAUGAGAAUGAACCCCGUCCGCGCAAUCCAGAUGGUCAGCUCAAGCUCGAUGAUACGGUGGACUUCAACCACACGUGGGCCGAAAUGGAAAAGGCGCUGGCGAGCGGCAAAGUGAGGGCGAUCGGUUUAAGCAACUUCUCAAUCAAAACAUUGGAAAAAUUGUUCACAACGGCCAAGGUCACACCCGCCAUGCUCCAGAUAGAACUCCACCCAUACCUAGCGCAGAAUGACCUGCUGGAAUACUGUCGCAAAAAGGGCAUCCUCGUCACUGCAUACGCUCCCACAGGCUACUCCACCGUGCGCGACGACCCCUCCGUCGGCCAGAUCGCGCAAAAGCACGGCGUGACGCCCACGCAGGUCAUCCUCUCGUGGCACGUCGCGCGCGGCGCGGUAGUCAUACCCAAGAGCGCGGACGCGCAGCGCCAGAUCGAGAACAGCCAGCUCUUGACACUUGACCCGGAAGAUACCCGGGUUAUCGAUGCGCUUGACCGGAACGAGCGGGUGUGCAACAAGCCAGACGAGCACGGAAACGUCUGGGCGUGGUCCAUGGAUCGCCUCGGAUGGGCCAGCUGA